UUCUAUUUUAUUUUCAAAAGUGUUAUUAUUGUUGAUUUGUCAUCCUUGGUUUUCGUUAUAACAAUUUUUUAACUGUGUCACAUUUUUUAACAAAGCUUUAUUGUCACUUUAGUGAUAUCUUCUUAUUUGAAUUAUGUUUCUAUUAUAAAUAUGGCAAAUAAACAUCUAAUCAUCUUUAUCUGAUAAUAAGAAAAACCAUUGUAAAGUGUUUGUGUGUGAGUGUGUGUGUGUGUUUAAGUUUGGAGAAAGAAAAAGCAAAGUGUAAGCGUUCUAUAGCAUCAUAUGAAAAUCUUUGAUAAUUUGUUGCUUUCAAUUCUGCAUUAAAAAAAAGAGAUCCUUGUUAAUUUUUUAAAGGCUAACAACUGAGUUCCAAUCUGUUAAAAAAAAUCCCAGUAAAAAUCAAUAAGUAGAGGUUUAUGCAGUGUGGCUUUUAUAGUCAACAAUCACAGUGUCGUUUUGGUGAUAUCUAGCUUUUCACACUGUAUCUCUCAAUUGAAUUGGUAUCUCUUGCUUAUUGUGGGAGAAAAGGGCUCCCUAAUAGCUGUUAGGCCUUUGAUGUUACAACGCUGUUCUUACUCUCAAAAGUGUUAGGAUAGGCAUUAGUAUAGUCUAUUUAUCCCUUUAGUCAGUGCAGAGACUUUUGACCCCACUAGAUUUCAGUUUAGAGGGACCUCAAGAUCGAGGUCAGUCACUUCUUUAACUCUGCAAGUACUUUUAAGGCUAACGUCAGAAAAAUAAUGUGCAAAAGAAAGGACAGGAAUAGAAAUUGUAGUAAGUGGCUCAAAAAUUAGAAUGAGUAAAUGAUAGAAUACAUGGUUUGAAAGGUAGGGAUUGAAGGGAACUGAAAAAUUACUGCUUCGUGUUCUACUCACCAGGAUUUACUUAGGCAUGCUAUAAUACAGCAAGCAUUUAGUGAGCAUCAGAUGUGCCAACAACGAUGACGAAGACAUAGUUCCUGCGCUCAAGUACCUUCCGUAUUAAAGAAUGGACAAACUGGCAUGAAACAAGAAGCAAUGGUAUUUACGAAGGCAAUCGUAGUUACACGCACGUGUUUUUAUGAGGGCAUGGAAGAGGGACAGCCUAAAUGCUUUGUAGUGGACUACCUAAUGAUGAUUCUAUUUAGGAAACGUAAUGAGAUUUUGAAGAAGGUGUGAAACAGGUUUCUUGUGACAGUUCAGAUGUUUCUGCCCCUAGUGUUCCUGGGUAAGUAAAAUCUAUUAUUUUUAUAGUGCCUAUUUUUUUUUAAGAUCACCACAGCCCCCCCCCUUUGGUUCCUGACAUUAUGUGGGAGUUGUGUUAGGAGAUUAGAGGCCUGGUACCUAGCAAAAUCUAACAGUAUAGUGGACAUCAUUACUGGUAGAAAUACUGUGUCAACUGUUGAUUUUCAACUUUUCACAUUAAGCAGUGAAGAAUCCCAGCAACGUGAACAGUUCUCUAGCUCAACAUUCUUUCUUAAAAACAAACAGAAGAAAAAUGAAAAAAAUAAACGAACAUCUGAAAGGAAAAAAAAAUUUUUAAGACACAUACACAAAAGCACACACAAAAAAUUGGCUGCAGUCACUUGAGUCUUCAGAGGCCACGAGGUGGCGCUGCAGGCUAAAGAGACAAAAAAGGAGAGCCAAGGAUGCUACGAAGUCACUAACAAAGAGAGGAAGAUCGGACAGGUCGGCUGGGAAGAAAAGCUACAGCAGCCCAAUCACAGACCCCUGCUACUUCAGGGCGUGGGUCUGGAGCUUGCCACUGCUGUUUCUUUAUCCUGGGAAAUGUGAUUGUGACUGAAAUAGACGAAAGCCGUGUUCAGAAGAAGCCAUGGAGGCUGGAGGGCUGCGCUUCCGGAGACAAAGGCAAGUCCUGUUUAUCUUUAUAUUUGGGGGAGUAUCCCUGGCAGUUUCGGGGUUUGGACGUUAUUCGGUGACGGAGGAAACAGAGAGAGGAUCGUUUGUGGUCAAUUUGGCAAAGGAUCUGGGGAUAGCGGAGGGGGAGCUGGCUACAAGGGGCGCUCGGGUGGUCUCUGAUGAUAACAAACAACACUUGCUCCUGGAUUCUCAAACCGGGGAUUUGCUCACAAAUGAGAAACUGGACCGGGAGAAGCUGUGCGGCUCCACAGAGCCCUGUAUGCUGUAUUUCCAAAUUUUAGUGGAUAAUCCCUUUCAAAUUUACCGGGCUGAACUAAGGAUCAGGGAUAUAAAUGACCAUUCACCAGUGUUUCAGGACAAAGAAAUGGUCUUAAAAAUACUAGAAAAUACAGCCGAAGGGACAAUAUUUCGACUAGAAAGAGCACAGGAUUCAGAUGGAGGACUUAACGGUAUCCAAAAGUACACGAUCAACCCCAGCUCUUUUUUCCAUAUAAAAAUUACUGACAGUGAUGAAGGCGUCAUCUACCCAGAGCUAGUACUGGACAAAGCGUUGGAUUGGGAGGAGCAGCAAGAGCUCAGAUUAACACUCACGGCGCUGGAUGGCGGCUCUCCACCCAGGUCUGGGACCACUACUAUACGCAUUGUGGUCGUGGACGUUAAUGACAACGCCCCGCAGUUUGCGGAAGCGCAAUAUGAGACCCAGGUUAGGGAGGACACCCCCAUAGGGUCCCUAAUUGUUAAGGUGUCGGCUGGCGAUGUAGACUCCGGAGUCUAUGCGGAAGUAUCCUAUUCAUUUUUUGAUGCCUCUGAAGACAUUAGAACAACCUUUCAAAUCAAUCCUUUUUCUGGGGAAAUAGUUCUCAAAGCCUUGCUUGAUUAUGAGCUAAUAAAAUCUUACAAAAUAAAUAUACAGGCAAUCGAUGGCGGGGGCCUUUCCGCAAGAUGUACGGUUUCGGUCGAAGUGUUGGACACAAAUGACAAUCCCCCCGAACUGAUUAUGUCUUCACUGUCCAACUACAUCGAGGAGAACUCUCCAGAGACGGUACUGGCUGUUUUUAGGAUUAGAGACAGAGACUCUGGCGAAAAUGGAAAGAUGGUGUGCCAUAUUCAAGAAGAUCUGCCUUUCCUACUGAAACCCUCCGUAGAGAAUUUUUAUGUUCUAAUGACAGAGGGAGCACUUGACAGAGAAGGGAGAGCUGAGUACAACAUCACCAUCUCCGUCACGGACUUAGGGACUCCAAGGCUGAAAACCGAGCACAAUAUAAGGGUGCUGGUCUCCGACGUCAAUGACAACGCGCCCACCUUCUCCCAAACCUCCUACACCCUGUUCGUCCCUGAGAACAACAGCCCCGCCCUGCAUAUGGGCAGCGUCAGCGCCACAGACAGAGACUCAGGCUCCAACGCCCAAGUCACCUACUCGCUGCUGCCGCCCCAGGACCCGCACCUCCCCCUCGCCUCCUUGGUCUCCAUCAACGCGGACAACGGGCAUCUCUUUGCUCUCAAGUCACUGGAUUACGAGGCCCUGAGAACCUUCGAGUUCCGCGUGAGCGCGAUAGACUCAGGCUCCCCGGCACUGAGCAGCGAGGCGCUGGUGCGUGUGGAAGUCGUGGACGAAAACGACAACUCGCCCUUCGUGCUCUACCCGCUGCAGAACGGCUCUGCGCCCUGCACCGAGCUGGUGCCCAGGGCGGCUGAGGCGGGCUACCUGGUGACCAAGGUGGUGGCGGUGGACAACGACUCGGGUCAGAAUGCCUGGCUCUCCUACCAGCUACUCAAGGCCACAGAGCCAGGACUGUUCAGCGUGUGGGCGCACAAUGGCGAGGUGCGCACAGCCAGGCUGCUGAGCGAGCGCGACGCCGCCAAGCACAGACUCGUCGUGCUGGUCAAGGACAAUGGCGAGCCACCAAUGUCGACCACCGUCACGCUGCACGUGCUUCUGGUGGAUGGCUUCUCGCAGCCCUACCUGCCGCUACCAGAGGUGGCUCUGGAUGAGGCCCAGGCCGACUCGCUCACUAUCUACUUGGUCAUUGCGUUGGCGUCGGUCUCUUCUCUCUUCUUGUUUUCCGUGCUCUUGUUCGUCGGGGUGAGGCUGUGCACGAGGAACAGGGCCGCCUCGGUGGGUCGCUGCUCGGUGCCUGAGGGCCACUUUCCGAGCCACUCGAUGGAGGUCAGCGGCACCGGGACCCUGUCCCACAGCUACCAGUAUGAGGUGUGUCUGACCGGAGGCUCAGAGACCAGCGAAUUUAAGUUCUUCAAUCCGAUUAUGCCCAAUAUUCAGGCACAGGGCUGUGAGAGGAAUAAUGAAGAAAACCCCAACUUCCGAAAUAGCUUUGGAUUUAAUAUUCAGUCAAAGUUCUGUUAAUAUUUUUAUGGCUAUUUGGUAUGUGAUGCAACCAUAUUGAUGUUAGUUUGCUUUUGAAACUCCAAGUUACAUUGUUAGGCAAUUUCAAGCAAAAAUGUCAAGUAUCAUAUACCUGUUUUUACAAUAUUAUUUCAUCCUUCUUAAGUAUUAGUAACAGCUAGCUUUAAUUUAAUUAGUAUCCAUUUCUAAAUAAUGGUUUUAAGGUUUUAAUCCUUUCAAAAUGUACAAAUAUUUCAUUACUUUUAUUUCUUAUUGUAGAAAACAGAGGAUUUGUUUUUUCUCCUAGUAAGUGUCAUAGCCUGCAUCUCAUAAUCCUAACCACCUCUGCCGAUUGCAUUUUUUUCUGUGUGAGAAGACAUACCUACAUUUCCAACCUUAUUCUAACAUCCUUUUAUUCAUGUUCAUCUUUAGUUCUACAUCAGAGUUUAAAAUGAAAUAUUCCUCUAUUCCUCUGCUCAUGACAAAACGAAACAGAUCAUUUCAUGAGUGGUAUUGGACCACAAUACUAUCCUUGUGUUCAUAUUAUUAUUUUAUUUCCUUUAAAUACACCACUCUCACUUGGCUAAUAUUUUCUAAAGCUCACUUUUGCUCAUAUGUAAAAUAGAUUUUGUCUUAUAAUUUAAACAAAAUGUAAUAGCCUGCAUGAAAAUGAAUAAAACUUUUUGAAAAUUUGUUUGAGAGAGUGUUGAUGGACUGUUGGACUGAAGUGAAAAGAUUUUCACUUUUCAUUUUAUUUUGCAAAUUUAUUUUAAUUAUUAUCAAAUUUAAAAACCAAGAAGGCUUUAAGGUUAGAAACUUCCUAUCUCCUCUCAUAGAGUGGUUUCUUCUAGAAUUAAUUCCAAUGUUUCUAAAUAUUUAUACUGCUAUAUCUUGAUCAAUUUUAUACUUUAAUAAUUUUUUACUAUGACAGAUCAGGAUUUAAAUUGUUUAUUUCCCUAUAAUAACAACAACAAAAGUUGCUGUCGAGUCGAUUCCGAAUCAUAGUGACCCUAUAAGACAGGAAGAACUGCCCCGUAGAGCUGCCCCGUAGAGCUUCCAAGGAGUACCUGGUGGGUUCGUAGUGCCGACUUUUUGGUUAAAAGCCUUAGCUCUUAACCACUACAACACCAGGGUUUCCUUCCCUGUAAUAAAAACCAAACCCGUUGCAGUCGAGUCAAUUCCAACUCAUAGCUACCCUAUAGGACAGAGUAGAACUGCCUCAUAGAGUUUCCAAGGAGGGCCUGGUGGAUUCAAACUGCUGACCUUUUGGUUAGCAGCUGUAGCUCUUAACAACUAUGCCACCAGGGUUUCCUUCCCUAUAGGACACACAUAUAAACACAUUGUACAUGCCCUUUCUUCUAUUUUCCCAGUAUAGUUAUCAUAGCUUUUUAACCUAAACUAGUAGCUAGUGUCUGUAUUGCUAAGAUUAUCUCAGAACUCACGUAUACUAGGAUUAGCUUUCCUUUCUUAAAAAGCAUCUGUCCUAGAGCUGGUAAUUGCUGUUUUAUAGUUUCAUCUUUUUCUAUGAACCACUAUUGAUUUUUUCCAUAUUAUCUCUUAUCCUUUAUCAGUUAUGUUUAUUUCCUGGAGAUCAUUUACCAAGAGCCCUCCACAUUUCUGCUUUAUUUACAUUGGUUGAUCUAUAGGCUGUCAUCCUAGGACUAUUUUAUUCUUUAAUAUUUUCCUGUAUUAGCAGUCUUCUACGAGAUCCAGUAUAUUCUUUCUUAGUUUACUCCCUUAUUAAGCUGACAUACAUUUCUCAAUAUCAUAAAAAUAGAUCCAGGGGAGGUAAAAAAUUUGGAGACCUUGCAUUGUGAAGAUACCUUGUUCUUUUCAUUUGAUUGACAGUUUGACUGGGUAUAAAAUUCUAAGUUGAAAAUAAUUUUCCCUGGAUUUUGAAAGCACUGUUUCUUUUAUUUAUUGCAUAUAGGGUGCCUUUUCAGAAGACUCAUUCCAUUCUGAUUCUGAUCAUUUUUUUGUGUUCACCUCCCAGGAGCACUGAAAACCUUAGUGUAGUCUCUUUAUUUAUUCAUCUGGUCACAUGGGUGUACCCUGUUAAUAUUCAGAC